UUGUUUCGGCCUUUAAUCUGCUCAAGUUCGUGCUCAGAAGCUCGAGAUCGCUGGGUGCUGGUGGAGAUGCCGGUGCGAGGAAGACGCCAAAGUCGCGGCCCACACAGCACACACAAUGGUGAGAAGCGGCGCGACACUGCCCCUGUGACCCGCGCCAGGGCCAGGACAGGGGCGGUCAAGGCGGGAGCGUCCUCCUGUACCUCUGCUAUCUCCCCGUCUCUCCCACAGCGUCCGUUGGCGGCCUUGCUGAGACGCCCGGCUGAGGUUGGUGUGACCUUUGCAGACAUUGCCCUGUACUUCUCCAGGGAAGAAUGGCGCCUCCUUGAUGAAGAUCAGAGACGCCUGUACCUGGAUGUGAUGCUGGACAAUUUUGAACUAAUAUCGUCGCUGGGUUGCUGCUGUGGAGCAGAGGAUGUAGAAGCACCGAGUGAACACAGUGUUUCUGAAAGGGUGUCACAGGCAAAGAAUCUCAAGGUAGCAUUGUCGUCAGAGAAGAGCCAUCCCUGUGAGAGGUGUGGGCCCGUCUUGAGACAUAUUUUCCACUUGAUCGAGCAUCAGGAAGCACAACACAGCCAGAAACUGCUGAGGUGUGGGGCAUGUGCAAAACGAUUUUAUUUCAGUACAAAGUGUGAGCAGCACCAGGAGCACCACGUGAGAGAGAAGCCUUUCAUAAGAGGUGUGGACAGGAUGUCAUUUGCCAAGGUUUGCAAUUAUAAUGUUUCCCAGGAGAUUUUUUCCUGUAGGGAGGUUGGAUCGGACAACUUUACUGACUCAGAGCAUCUCCAACAAGGGGCUUCUCACACCAGGGACAGGCCGGAUGAAAUCUUGGCAUCUCGAGUGACUAUUCAGCGAAAAAAUUAUUCCACCCUGAAUGAAUGUAAAGAAGCUGUUGACUGCAACCACACAUAUGUUCAGAACAAGGGUGUUUCUCAUUGGAGACAGUGUUUUGUGAGCCAUGGUUGUGGAAAAUAUUUUACUAGAAUUCCUAGUUUUUGUUAUCAUCAGAGAGUUAGCGCUGGACAAAAGCUGUAUCAGGGCAGUGAACGUGGGAAAUCUUCCAUCCGAAAGGGUGAACGUCAUUCUUAUCAGAGAGUUCAUAAUGGAGAAAGGCCUCAUGAGUGCAGUGAAUGUGGCAAAUCUUUUAAAACAAAAUCUAUGCUUCGUCGUCAUCAGGCAGUUCAUACUGGAGAAAGGCCCUAUCAGUGCAGAGUAUGUGGGAAAUCUUUUAAAAGUACCUAUAACCUUUAUUGUCAUCAGAGACUUCACACUGGAGAAAGGCCCUAUGAGUGCAGUGAAUGUGGAAAAUCUUAUACCACUAGCACUAGCCUCCAUUAUCAUCAGAGAGUUCACACAGGAGAAAGGCCGUAUGAAUGCAGUAAAUGUGGGAAAUCUUUCAGCAGUAGCACUAACCUCCAUUAUCAUCAGAGAGUUCACACAGGAGAAAGGCCUUAUGAAUGCAGUGAAUGUGGAAAGUCUUUUUGCAGUAGCAUUGGCCUCUGUAUUCAUCAGAGAGUUCACACAGGAGAAAGGCCUUAUGAGUGCAGUGAAUGUGGGAAAUCUUUUUGCAGUAGCACUGGACUCCGUUAUCAUCAGAGAUUUCACACAGGAGAAAGGCCUUAUGAAUGCACUCAAUGUGGGAAAUCUUUUAAAAGAGUGCAUCACCUUCAUUGUCAUCAGAGAGUUCAUACUGGCGAAAGGCCUUAUGAGUGCAGUGAAUGUGGGAAAUCAUUUCGUGGUGUCACUGGCCUCCAUUUUCAUCAGAGAGUUCACACCGGAGAAAGGCCUUACGUGUGCAGUCAAUGUGGGAAAUCUUUCAUCCAAAAGCAUCAACUUCAUCGUCAUCAGAAACUUCACACAAGGGAAAAGUCUUAGAAGUGUAGUUAAUGUGGGAAAUAUUUUAGCCAAAGUUCUAUCCUUCCUCCACACAUAAUAGUUCACAUUGGAAGAAAGGUCUUAGAUGUGUAGGAAAUGUAUAGGGUUUUUUUUUUCCGUCUUAACAGUACUGUAGGAUACCCUUUUAAGCCUUGUGUUGGGAAUCAAACCUCAUAUAGCCAAACACGAACAACAGGGAGGCUCCACAUGAUUUUUCUCUAUAUGGGAAGCCUGUGUACCCAUGUUGCACUUUACUUAUUUAUCCAUCCAGGUCUGUUUAUCCAUGCAUGUCACUGCAAAUUUCUGUACUGAAGAUAUUUCACCUGCAGCACCUAUAAUAUUCCCAGAGAUGCAUGAGUCAUCACCCUAAUAUGCUCAGAGAAGGUAACUGUUCUCUGAUUUGUGGGGGAAACUGAGGAGUAGCCUAACUUUGUGCAGCUUUAUUCCUUGCACUCCUAUUAGUUGGUGCAGCUCUUACUCAGUUUUGGUCCAGAGAAAAUCAUCUGAGUUCAUCUGUCAACUUGCAGUAGGACUGCUUUUUUUGGGACAUGCUUUUUUUACAUACCAGUGGUAAUUUUUGAGUGUCUUCAGUCACCAAUACAAGAACUGCCAAGCUAAUUACAUUUUGGUUUGUAAAAUAAGGCCUUUUUCCUAAGUCGUCUUUAAUCUUGGGUGCUCUGUUUAUUGUGUGGGGUAUUUUAUAAACAGUUUUGUGCCCUACAAUCAUAAAGAUGUGAACAACUUUUAUGUGUGUCUCAAACUUUCUCCACCUCCAUGGGGACAGUUUGGUACAGAAAUUAACUUAGCAUUUUUUCCAGGCUUGCAUUCCUACUCAUAUCCUCCUAGGCUAACUCUGCGCUCCCUAGUUCCCAUGAGAAGCUUUAAUGCUGUGAGUUUCAGAAGACACAGCAAUCAUUCCAAAGAAGGGGUAGCUAUGAUGACCUCCAAUAUAUCUCAGAGCAGGAUGAAUUUUUCUUUUUUGUAAAGAGUGCCAAUAGUUGUUAAGGGAGUCCCUGGCGCAGGUCUUGCAAAGGGUCAUGUGCCAUAAAAUAUGCAAUUACACGGGUGAUGGUCACUAGUUAUAGCACCACUCGGGUUACGGGAAACUGUGAUUGCAACAGAAAUGCUGGGUUAACAGGUGCUGGAGGAGACUGGAGCCAACUAGAUGGAAUGUGUCUCUUCGGAGCUUGAAUCCAGAAACGUUUCUGAGAAAAAGGCUGCAGGAUCAUUGUCUACACAAAUCACUGGAUUUGUCAUUGUCAUUGUCAUUGAAUAUAAUCAAAGGUUUUCUGACUGUAACAAUAUUGCUCAAUUGGUUAGAGUAUCAUCUUGAUAUGUCAAUAUUCUGAUUUCAGUGUCUGGUCAGGGCACAUACCAGAAGCAAGAGAAGAACAACAAAUCCAGAUUUUUCUCUCUCCCUCAGAUAGAUAAAACUUUUAAAAAAUGUGGAUGGUUGUUGCCUCUCAGAUGUUCAUGUCAGAGCCACUGGUGCCCCUGUAGAUGUAUCUGUGGUUGAGGAAUGUUGCUAUUUGACCCAGCCAGCAGUCUUGCUGGUUUCAGUGAAUUUUUAUAGUUGGCAGUAUUUGCCAUCACUGAGGAAAACUCUCAUCCAGAGCAUAUGAAAAUAUGUUUUGAAUAUCAAAUUGCUAGGCCUAUUUUCAGAAAUAUUUGGACAUACAAAUUUUUUAGAUCUUGUACCAUUUUUUAAAAGGUUUAAUUAGUAAAUACUACAUUUCAAUGAUAAUUGAUCAGUCUUCACUUAAACAUGAUACUGAAACAAUCACCAUUUGUCAUAAUAUUCUGUUACUAUCACUGGGAAUUUACUUCAUGGACAUUUUAAUCUCAGCCCUUCAUAGCUCUGUAAGUAAACAUUGAUUUACAUUCCAUUGUAAUAACAAUAAUCGUAUUUUUCUGCU